CUAAAGUUACUUUGCUCAUAAAUGCGCAUGGGCUACAGAUCCAUGCCAAGAUCGUGCGCAGUGUUGACGCGCAUGAAUGUGCUGUGGAGUCUCACUUAAGUCACGGCGCUCGGCCCACGGUGCUGGCCCCGAGACCGACAACAGUGAUCCGUGUCAGAGCGGCUGGCGGAAGGCGCCCUGCCCCUGCGCUGGAGCGCAGUUUACUCUCAUGUGCGUCAGGCUGUUCUCCAGGUUUUUCUCAGCAAUGGCAGGACCAAGGCCCGUGGUGCUGAGCGGACCCUCGGGUGCGGGGAAGAGCAGCCUUCUGAAGCAGCUUCUCCAGGAGUUCGACGGGGUGUUUGGCUUCAGCGUGUCCCAUACGACGCGGAAACCUCGUCCAGGGGAGCAGGAUGGAAAAGACUACCAUUACGUGAGCCGAGAGGUAAUGCAGGCAAGCAUCGACAACGGGGAGUUUAUCGAGAGUGCGGAAUUCUCGGGGAACAUGUAUGGAACAAGUAAAGCCGCAGUGCAGGAGGUCCAAGGCCAGAACCUGAUCUGCAUUUUGGACGUCGACAUGCAAGGUGUGAAGAGCAUCAAGAGGACAGGACUCAACCCCAUCUACAUCUCCAUCCAGCCCCCAUCUAUGGACGUGCUAGAGAAGAGAUUAAGGGAGAGGAAAACGGAGUGUGAGGAAAAUGUACAGAAGCGCCUGCAGGCCGCACGUGUGGACAUGGAGAUCAGCAGAGAGCCGGGUCUGUUUGAUGUCGUCAUCAUCAACGACCACCUGGAAGAAGCAUAUGAGGCAUUAAAAGGAGCUCUUCUACCAGAAAUCCAGAAGGUCAAAGAGGCUAAGAAGGUGUGACCCCCACCGCUCUGGCCAUCCAGACCAAGGUCCGGCGGCCCCCUUCCAGACUGGAACAUUCCACUCCACCCAGCAUCCACCUGGACUGCUGCCUCCACCCUAAAGAACAAAUCCCUGAAGACUCCACCUCCUCUCCUGUUUGUUUUUCUUGCAAAAAAAUUCCAGUAUUUAAAGGUGAUGGAAUAGCGUGCAGGAUUUAAAAAACAAACAAACCUGCACAUCAUUAUUAAAGCAGGUUUAGGCACAAGAACAGCCAUUAACGUGCAACUCUGUUAACUUUGUUUACCCCAUUAUUGUUUGUUUACCCCAUUAUUGUUUCUCUUGGCUUUUGAUGGACCUCCAGUACAAAAAAAAAAAUAUUUAAUGUGUAACUGUAGUGGGAUGAGGCAGCUUUCUAAACUUGGCAUUCUCCCUCUUAGACACUCCAGACAGUCCGAUUUUCCACGCUCAACUGCCUCUUUAUGCAGAUAUGAUGACCUGAGCUCAAGGUUGCUGUUUAAAUUUCACACCCCGUGUUGUUGACGCGACCCGUUUCCUACGACAGACAGGCUUUUGUUUUGGAGUCCCUCACCCCCACCCCACCCCAAAUUUCUCCCUAAUUUACUUGUAUCUAAUUCCCACGUGCAUCCUGCAUCUCCCUAAUGCAGCGUCUUUGCGAGCUGCAGCUCGUGCACCUUCGAGGACAGAGAGACCCGCUCAGAGGAUGGUCUGUCUGUGCCUCGCUGAGGCCUGAGCUCAUACUUACCACAUGCUUCAUUCGUAAGCAACUGCUGAGUCGAAAUAACCAGACGUGUUGGGUCCAUCAAACUGUUCCUCUGUAAUCGCGUGAAACUCCAGCUUUUUAUUGUAAGCUUGGUGUCUAGUGAGACUGUAGAAUAUUUCUGGCUUAUAUUGUUUACACUGUUCUAAUAAGCGUGUGUUUUUUCUGUAACUUAACGCUGUUGCGUAUUGAUUAGGAAUCAGGAAUAGUGUAUGCACAGUUUACAGAAGGAAAUGGUGAUCAUUUGAUCAGUGCAGAGUGCUUUUAUAUCUCGCAUUUCCAGUUCUCACAAUGAGCUUGUAGAAUCCAUCACCUCUAAGUGAAUCCGUGGCCAUGUCCUGCAGGGGGACACAAGGAGUCCUGAUCAGUUCUAAACGAAGAUCGCAUGUCAAACGUACAGUCGCGGGACCAUGAUGGUCCUUUUUUAACUUCUAAAGCAUCCCUUAAAUUUGAUUGUACAUAUGACAUGAGUCAGAAUGCAAACAGGCUCUCUGUGUGGGUGCUAUCCGUGCAGUUUGGCGGCUCAAAUUUUAACUGCAGGCUGCACUCUGCUGGCGAGAUCUAGUCUGGGCUUGUCCUAGACUAAAGUGCAGGUCCAGCAUUCAUAGGACUUCAGCUCUGGAGCCCUGAUGGAUGUGUUCUAGACCGCCUGCUGGUUUCGGGCUCAUUUCUAAGCUUUCCGCCAUGUGGAAACUUUGGUUUGGAUCUGAACUGUGUAGCAGUAGUGUACACCCCCUACAUCCUCCCCUUCCACAACCAACCCGUGUGGCCAGGAAGGCAAAAGAUGUGGGAUCUUCCCAGUCUGCUUGGCGUGUCCAGCUCUUUAAGGAAGGGCUAGCUGAUGAUGUAUUGGCUUGGAGUGACUUGAGGCGGUUGACUAGGUAACCUGAGGACAGUUUUUAUUCUGACAGGCUCUCAGCUCUGUAUUCUGACUCUGUUUAUGUGGGUGGAAACUACCACUAGGAUCUGAGUUUUAGAGGAAUCGCUGUCUGACCACGUUGCGGUUCCCAAUUGAAAUGGGCCAUGUGCACGCCCGGCUGAGAUCAUGCCGCAUUGAGAGCGAGCCCCGCUGGCCUUUCUGCUGGACACCUCAGGCUGUGGCAGCUUUGUACUUUCAUACACGGCAGAUCUCAGCCAAGGAAUUCAGAAUUGUUUACGUCUGUGUGCUCAUUUUGGCAAAUGCAAACGAAACAACACAUGGAAGUGGAUAUUUAAAACCAAAUACUUUUGCUUUAGCUGAUUACUAGCGUGACUAGAAUAAUGUCUGCGUUGAGACGGUGGGUCUUAAGUGUGCUUGUGUUGUAUUUAAAGGUGAUGCUCCUGUUAUUUAUAGCUGAAGAUGAAGGGACACACAAAACAGGUGUAGCCUGGUCAGAACAGCUGUAGUGGGAAGUGCUGUGUGACCUCAGCUUGCACGAGUCUCACUGGCUCAGAAACAACUGCUGGAGAAAUCAUUUUUCAUCUCACCGUUUCAAAUCAAGCACACAAGGCCACUACUUGAAUCUGAAGUAACAUUUUUAAGGAGGAAGACUGGUUUAGCUUAAUGAAUGUCUAAAACAACUGUCCAUUAAUUUAUCUUGUAAUGUUGAGUGUCACAGUAUUGAUAUCCACAGAAAUACUGACACCACCCCAGUCUUUGUUGGUCUUUUGGGGGGGCUUGAUCCAUUGAUCCCAUUCCAUACUCCUUUGCCUUAGUCGUCUUAGAACAAUUCCAGUUUAUUUUGGACAAACUUGUCCAGGGGGUGUGUUUAAUUUCUCUUAUUAAUUAUUCUGCAUUGAAGGAGAUGCGUCCUUGAUACAAACUAAAUAAAUGUUAGUGGCUCAAUG